GCACGUGCAUCGGGCUGCUGUUGUUCUUGUUGUUGCUGCUCGGCUGCAAUGGCGGCAUCUUUGGUUGGCCGCUGCAACCGGAGCCACACGAGGAUGCAAUGGAUGUGAGUAAAUCAGCGUGCGAGAAUUUCCAUGAGCAUGCCUGUGGCAACUGGCACGCCCCCUACCGACUGCGCGCCCUCGGCGCCCAUGAUAUGCGCUCCAAGUUGCGGGCGCUGAACAAGCAGCUGCUUGUCCGACACUUUGAGCAGCACGAUGAGCAGCAGGAUGGCGGGGAACAGCAAUUGUUUUCAUUCUAUGGCAGCUGCAUGAGCAGCCGUCAAUCGUUGCACGUUUACAUGGACGCAGUGCAGCAAGUGCUGCCGGAUUGGCCGCUCCUCAACAAUGCCACACAGUUCGAUUGGCCGCGCGGCAAUGCGGCGGUGCGUCGCUUUGGCGCCCAGGGAUUGUGGCGCCUACUCGUCCAAUCCAAUUGGCAGGCGGCCGAGCAGCGUAUCUUCUAUCUGCUGUCGCCCAGCUUCGAGCUGCUUGGCACGAGUGCGGAGAGCGAGUUUCUCUAUCAGCGCUAUCUGAAGUAUCUGCUGCUCGAGUUGGGGUUGCGGGUGCGACGGGCCGCCAUGUUGGCGGAUCAGCUGGUCGAGUUUGAGCAGCAGCUGCGCCGAUUGAUGCCGGCCAGUGGCCAGACGCUGGUGUUGCAUGCCCCGCAGACGUUGCAACAGCUGGCCGAACAGUUGCCGCAGCUGCAGUUGCUCGACUAUUUUCAGUUGCUGCUCGGCGAUGAUUAUACGCCACAAUUGUUGCUUGUGGCCGACACCGAGUACCUGCAACGCUUGCAACGUGUGCUCAGUGCAGCGGACUCGAUGAUUCUGUCCAGCUGGUUGUUGUUGCAAUUGCCGGCCCACUUUGAGUUGCAUCUGCAUGAGGAUGCCACGUUGUCGGCGCAACGUGAGCAUUGCUUGCAACAGCUGAAUCGUUUGUUGCCACAACAAUUGGCGCAACUGCAGCUGCGUCUGUUGCAUGGCAGCGAUGCGGCAGCAGCCGCAUUUCUAAGUCGCACACAGGUCGAGUUGCAGCAACUGUUCGACUCGUUGAAGUUGCAAUUCGAGCGUCUGAUCAAUGCCACGCCCAUAUUCGAACAGGAUGCGGCAACACAAACGUUGGCGUUGCAAAAGCUGCGAGCGAUGCGUCUGCUGUUGCCACAGCAGCAACAGCAGCAACAGCUGUUGCCGCCACAACAACAAGCACAACAACAGGGGCAACAACAACUGCAGAGCGAUGUCUACGAUGCUAAAUUGUUGCGUCUGUCGCAAGCUCAGGCAACGUUGCAAUUCCGCGCGGCCUUGGAGUGCCUGCAGCUGCCUUGUGUCGCCUCAACCGGAGGCGCCUCUUCGGAGCAUUCGUUGGGUCCGUUGGAUGUCAACGUUUACUACCGACUCAAGUUGAAUGCCAUUGAGCUGCCGUUGGGUCUGCUGCGUGAGCCACUGCUUGCCACCAAUUCCAACUCCAAUUCCAAUUGUGGCAGCAAUGCUGACUGCAGUGCAACGUUGCAACAGUCACAGCUGGCACGUCUGCACGGCGGAUUGGGCUAUAUGCUGGCACACGAGAUGAUGCACGGCUUUGACUACGAUGGCAUCAACUAUGAUGCCACGGGGCAUGUGGCAGGCGGACAGUGGCCGGCGAGGGCCAUCAUCAGAUACGGUUUGCGGGCCGGCUGCUAUUUGGGUGCGAGAUACAGCAACGCGACCUUGACUAUCAACGAGAACAUUGCGGACAGCGAGGGAUUACGCUUGGCCUUUGAGGCGUAUCGGCAGCAGUUGCAGUCGCAACAGACAUUGCAACAGACAUUGCCACCACAAUCGGAUCAUUCCUCAAUGCGCAGCUUCUUUGUGGCAUUUGCGCAAAACUGGUGUGGACAUGCGGCAGCGCUCUCUAGCGGCACGCAGCAGCAACACGCCUCGCAUUGGGAGCGUGUCAACAAUGUUUUGGGCAACUUUCCGGAAUUUGCCGACACCUUUGACUGCAAAGCUGGCAGCUUGAUGCAUCCGCCCAACAAGUGCCGCAUUUGGUGAGGCUGCCACAUGUGGCAGACACAGCAGAGCAACUGUGCAACUGUGUGAAGCUGCUUAAGUGAUCAUGUACAAUACUAAGAUUAAAGUGUUUGCGAAUCGAACGGCUAAACUAAAUUCAA